GCCCUGCCCCCCCUUCUCCCUCUGUGCGCUUUGCGCUCGCUCUGCGGUUCCGCUUUUCAUCCCUGGGGGACUUUGAGUUCUCCCAUUCCGAUCAUUCCAGUCUCAGCGAACAAUCGGCCCUCAGUUAUUUAUUAGCAGCGCGCUCUCUCUCUCCCGGCUCAGUCUGUUGUGAGAUCUGCUCAGACGCACACGGUAGCAGCGCUCUCUCUCUCUCUCUCUCUCUCUCUCUCUCAGAGGAACACAUACUCCGGAUACGACUACAUACUUUCCAUUUCCACUCAGUUUUAUUAGGAUCAUUUUUUCGUCAACAAGAAAUAUAAACGAUAUACGCCGUGAACAACUUGCUUCCGUGAUGAGAAUGUAAAUUGAUCUAUGGUUUACUAAGAAUCCAAAGCAAACAAACUCUUCAACACACCCCUUCACUUAUCUAUUCUCUGAUUGACUGAGAUGAGAACUGCCGAGGAGUCUUCUGGCACGGUCCUGCACCGUCUCAUCCAGGAGCAGCUCCGUUACGGGAACCUCACAGACACCAGCACCCUCCUGUCCAUCCAGCAGCAGGCCCUGCGUGGAGGCAGCAACAGCAGCGGAGGAGGAGGGGGUACCGGAUCCCCCCGCUCCUCCCUGGAGAGCCUGACCCAGGAGGAGUCCCAGUUCCUCCACAUGUCCACCAGACAGGAUCCCCAGGGCCAGGAGCACAAGGGGGACCACAACCACUGUGAGAGUGACUCCGUGUGUCGCCUCUACCAGCUCCACAGACACGGAGAGGAGCUGCCCACCUAUGAGGAGGCCAAGGCCCACUCUCAGUACAUGGCCUCGGUAGGGGCCCAGUGGGGUCAGCCUCAGCUUGGUCUGGGUCUGGAUGUGAUGGAUCACCAGGGAGGGGGAGAGGGCCAGGAGGACCUGAAACGGAAGCACGCCCGGAGCCUCAGUGAGCGUCUCAUGCGGCUCUCCCUGGAGAGAUCAAGUGGAGACAUUCAGCCCCUCACCUCCUCUCACAGUUACCCUCAGCUGUCCAAUGGCCACUCAGGGCCUGUUGAACACCAGGGGACAGAGUUUCUCCAGUACCCUGAUCAGAGGGGACCUCCCCCGGACUACCCCUUCCUGGUCAGGGCUCCUGGAUACAUGCUCAGCCACUCACAGGAGACACACGGACACCGCUACCAGGAUCCUCCUCCCCCAUUCCACUCACAGCACAGGUACGUACCUGCCCAGCCUCAGGCAGAGAUGGUUCGACACAGUGUCCGCUCCGGUCCGGAGGUCUACAUGAGCCACAGCAGCCCCAGUACCGCCCAGAUGGACCUGUUCAGGGAGAAUGAGAGACUGAGGAAAGAGGUGGAGGGGUACAGCGAGAAGGCCGCCAGACUUCAGAAGCUGGAAGUGGAGAUCCAGAGGAUAUCUGAGGCCUACGAGACCCUGAUGAACGGCUCAGCCAAGAGAGAGACCCUGGAGAAAACCAUGAGGAACAAACUGGAGUCAGAGAUCAAGAGACUACACGACUUCAACAGAGACCUCAGAGAUCGUCUGGACACAGCUACCAAACAGUUGGUAGCCAAAGAGGUUGAAUCGGCAGACCAGAAACAGCAAGUCUUCAACAAACUCCUCAAACAAAAUGAACAGCAGCAGUGGGAGGUGCAGCGUCUCCGUGGUUCCGGGGAGGAGUGGCUCCGGUGCCGGGAGGUUCUGGAGCUGGCCCUGAGGUCGGCACAGGCCCGUAACCUGGCACUGGAGGAGGAGCUGGGGAGGAAGAGGGCGUACGUAGAGAAGGUAGAGCGACUGCAGAGUGCCCUGGGCCAGCUACAGGCGGUCUGUGAGAAGAGAGAGGCCCUGGAACUGAGGCUGAGGACCAGGCUGGAGCAGGAGCUGAAGAGCCUCCGAGCAGCACAGUCCCACAGCGCGGCUAGCGGCCCCGGCUCCACGGUGUCCGUACAGCUGCAGCUGGCUGAAGGAGAGGAGAGGAUCCUGGCUCUGGAGGCCGACGUCACACGCUGGGAACAGAAGUACCUGGAGGAGAGCACCAUGAGGCAGUUCGCUAUGGACGCAGCCGCUACCGCUGCGGCUCAGAGAGACACCAGCGUCAUCAAACGCUCCCCUCGCCACUCACCCAACAGCAGCUUCAAUGACCACCUGCCAUCCAGCCGCAGACAUCAGGAGAUGGAGAAUAGGGUCCGAGUGCUGCACUCCCAGCUCCUGGAGAAGGAUGCAGUGAUCAGGGUGUUACAGCAGCGGUCUCAACGGGAGCAGAUCAGGCUAGAGCAGCAGGCCCUCCGCCCUGCCAGGUCCGUCCCCUCCGUCAGCACCGAGGCCAACGGCUCAACCUCCACCAGUGGCCCAGUGGAGCAACCCAUCCGGGGGAAAGGGAAGAGCCUCUCUGAUGACCAGACGGCUACUGCAGUGUGUCCUCUCUCCCUGUCCCCCCACCAACACCCCUGUGCCCCCCCGGCCCUGCCCGCCCUGCUGUUCCUGUCCAAGCCCCGGAGCAGGGACAGCAGCACCCAGUGUGACCGUGACGUUCCGGCCCAGGAGACUGAUCCUACCGGCACGCUAGCACCCCCUGAGGCUUCCUCGACCUCAACGCUUGCCUCUGAGCACUUCCAGGCACCACUCAACACACACAAGAGCACCAGCAGUUCAGACGCAGUAGCAGAAGUGGUGGAAAUCCUAAUUUAAGAAACAUUGAACGCUGAACUGUGGGAUCCGCUGUGGAUGGAUGGUGACAACACGGGAAAUGACCGAGAGUCCCUCAUGUCCUGUAUGUCCCUCCCAACGAGGAGAAGACAACCUGCCUGUCUGUCUGGCUCUGGUCAGACAGACCUCCAGAUGGACACUUCCUUUGGAGAAAGACAGACAGUUUGGAGACAGUGUGGAGAAGGUUUGGAGACAUGGACAUGUGCUCCCUACCUACCUACCUACCUAGCUACCUACCUACCUACCUACCUAACCACCU